AUGAUGAACUGGGCGAAACAAACGUUGGCCAAUGUGGCUGGCACUCAAGAACCUAUCUACGGACCCUCCGCCAUACAGACUGUAACCAAGCAGGCCGAAACCACUCCCUACACCGAGCUCACACAGGACGAUCUGAAAUGGGACAACCUGCCCUCGACGAGCGUGGAGACGCAGGGCUUUUACUUCUUUGCGAAAAGUGGGCACAUCGCGAUGGCGCAGAUCAUCCACAGCAAUGUCGCCGGCAUAAAGAGAACGAGUCAAUUCAACACCAAAAUUUUUUACCCCAAGAAGGAGAACAAAGCCCAUCUCUGGUCCUCGGACCCGCUAUCUGAUGUCGACUUCAGUGACGACGGACACAACUUCUACGCUAGGGACGUCGCUGUUGAACUGGUAGAGGAUGGGAAAACAUACACGAUCAAGUCCCUAUCGAAUGAGAAAUCCAUUGUAAAUCUUACGGUCACUCAAGAAGCGCCUGGUUUUAAGAUUGGCAAAGAUGGAAAGACAUACUAUGGCACAGACCCUGAAGCACCAUGGGGAUUCAUGAGACACGAGUUCUGGCCGAGAGCCAAGUCCUCAGGAACGAUAGUUACGGAUGAUGGAACGCUUGAUCUCGAGGGCCAGGCCAUGUUCAUCCAUGCCAAUCAGGGCAUGAAACCACAUCACGCAGCUGGAAAGUGGAAGUUUAUUAACUUCCAGGGCCCAACCUACUCUGCUGUCUUCAUGCAGUUCACCACUCCUCCAUCUUACGGGUCAACAGUUGUCAACAUGGGUGGCGUGGUCAAGGGAUCCGAGAUCCUUACAGCGGGCACGUCUAUAUCCGCAGAAUUCACCAAAGUCAAGCCAGAUACAGAGAACGACUGGCCAGAGCCAGAGGCAAUCAGGGUCCAGUGGACUGGCAAGACGAAAGACGGAAAAUCGGUUGAGGCGGUACUCGACGGUCCACUCGAUGAGAGACUCGACAGAAUCGAUGUCAUGGCAGAAGUUCCCGGAUUCGUGAAAGCCAUUGUAGCUUCAGCUGCUGGCACGAGGCCAUAUAUUUACCAGUACUCCCCCCACGAGCACCCAGUCUCGGUGAAAGUCAAGGUAGGUGACGAGGAAGUAAUUGAGGAAGGCAUUCUUUUUUCCGAGGCCACAUUUAUCAGCGCAUAA